AUGAAGAUUGCAGCUAUCUUCCUCAGUGCCUUUGUGACCGCUGCUCUGGGUGUACCCAUGGGUACAUCCGUGGUCCAUGAGAAACGGUCACAGCUACCCUCUCACCUCUCUAAGCGCUCCGCCGAGUCUGAUGUGGUUGUGCCUGUUCGCAUUGCCUUAAAGCAACGUAACCUUGAUAAAGGAAUGGACUUGAUCAUGGAUGUCUCGGACCCUGAAUCCAAGAACUCCGGCAAGCACUAUACUCAAGAGCAGAUUGUUGAACUGUUCAAGCCUAGCGAGGACUAUGUUAAUACAGUUCGCGACUGGCUGGUCAAGGCGGGUAUUCCUGCUGAUCAAAUCACACUGCCAAAUAGCCAAAGCUGCCUGGGUUUCCACACUACAGUUCGGCAGCUUUCCAAGAUGCUUAACACUGAGUACAACUUCUAUGUUGACAGCGAAACCGACAACGAGCAUUUUGGCACGGAGCAGUACGCACUCCCUGCUACAAUUGCGGAUCAUGCCGACUUCAUCACCCCUGGUGCCUCGGCAAUGAGAGUGCGAGGCAAGAGAUCUAGCCCCCGUCGCAAGAUGCCGCUCCGCGCGCCUCCUACAAACUGCGCUAGUUUGUACAAAGACUUGAAGCAAGUCGUAUAUGUAAUGAGUUAA